CUUUAUCAGUUCAAAUGGUUGAACAUCAUUGAGUUCCCCCGAUAUAAAGAUAAGACUCAAAUCAAGACCUCUUUACAUUCCAAUUACUAGUACCUACGGCAAUAUGGAGCGUCUCAUCUUGCUCUGUGCUCUCUUUGGUGUGGCCUUCUCGGUCCAAGUCGACUUCCGCCCAUACAACCAGUCCGCCCUGCUGCUUUUCCAAGGAUCUGACGCCGAUCAUGACGGAAUCUUUUCCCGCCAAGAGCUGGACAACGAAUUCGUGAAAUAUGACGCUAAUGGCGAUGGUCGCGUUUCCCGCCACGAGUACACAGAGUACGUCACUCUGUCCACACCGUCACUUCAUGAAUUUUCGCAUGCGCUGUACGAUGAUUAUGAUGUUUCCGGUGAUCAUCAUCUAGACAAACACGAUUAUGAUUUGUACUACGCCAAACUUGAUGCUGACGGUGAUGGAUCCGUGACACAAGACGAGUUUGUUAACUACUGGGUCGAUCUUUUUAUCCGAACUGAACACCUGCACGGAGCACAAGGAAAGAAGUAAACCCAGUGAUAUAUGUAUCUGUGAUAUCAAUAAAUCCCAACAUGGUUCACCACCAUGUCUGUUUCAA